CACCACCCCCCCCAUCAUCCCCACCACACAACCCAUUUAGGGACCACCAUCACCCAAAACUCCACCACUACUACCAAAGCUCCACCACCACCAGCCUCUACCCCAUCUAAAAGCCAACGAAAACUCCACUUUGCUCGUCCCACGACCUUCCCUACUAAACAACACGAACGUUGAACGCCAAACUGUCGCUCGUUCACGUCGAGCAUCGAACAACGAUCAUUACUGUAGCAACUACCCCUUCAGCCCUUACGCCUGGAGUCACUUACGACCGCUGCGCCGCGCGCCUUCCUCCAUUUGCGCGCCAUGGAAGUAUCGCCUGCUUCAUAAAGCCGUGCCAUAGCCCCGCAGAGCAUCGACCACCUAGGCGACUUCCCUCGCUCCCUCUUUGGCCCUCGGUCAAGUCGCCCUGACCAUCGCCCUCUUUGCCAGCGCAGCGCAAAGUCGAACGCCGAAGGAGCAAGGGCAAGCAGGACCCUGAUUCUGCCGGCUACCGGCGGCGUACCCCGAAGACGACAGCGACGUCGAUAAGGCUGUUCAACCGGCUACCGAUACCAUGGAGAAAGCCGAAACAACAGGGACUGGGUCUAAUAACUCCAGCGAUUUUGUGCGGAAGCUGUACAAAAUGCUGGAGGAUCCUUCAUACGAAUCAGUAGUGCGGUGGGGUAACGAAGGCGACAGCUUUGUGGUCUUAGAAAACGAGAAAUUCACGAAAUCCAUCCUCCCCAAGCACUUCAAGCACAGCAACUUCGCGAGUUUCGUCCGCCAGUUGAACAAGUACGAUUUCCACAAAGUUAGGCAGAAUAAUGAAGAUAAUGGACAGAAUCCGUAUGGUCAAGGGGCAUGGGAGUUCAAGCAUCCCGAGUUUCAAGCAAAUAAGAAGGAUUCCCUGGACAACAUCAGACGAAAGGGUCCGGCACCGCGGAAGACGAACACGUCAGUCGACGAGUCCUUUCCGUCGCAGCAGAUUGACCUGGUCAACACCCAAUUGGGCGCCGUCCAGCAUCAGCUGCAAAACCUCCAAGAUCGAUACGACGACCUCACUACCAACCAUGCCGUGUUAUUAACACAAGUUGUGGGCCUCCAAAAGGUUGUAAAGAACCACGACGGAGCAAUGCACCGGGUUAUGAGCUUCUUACACACAAUGGAUGCGCAAAGGAGGAACAGCCGGACUAUAGGGUACGCGAAUGGCCAUGGCAUUGGUAUUUCAGACCUUGUUGGAUCAGGACCAGAUGAUCAUCCCGCCUCGCCGUUACAGCAGGCUUCGCAUCUCCUCCAGGAGUUCUCUGCCGAGAACCUAUUCAGCAAGGACCUAGAGCAGAUGCAAGUCGGCGGCCCCUUCAGCUUCCGCAGCGAAUACUCCACUCCUUCGAACGACCAGUCAGGCUCCGGCGGUGUUGUGCCGACGCCAACCACGGCCAGUCUCCCAAAUAAUUUGCCGUAUGCAAAUCGCAAUUACGAUUUGGACAGCAUGGUAUACCCGGUGGGACAAGUCAAUGGAAUCGAUCCGAUCAACAGCGCGCAUAUUAACAACAUCCCUUACGCUAUUCCCCCGGGUGGACCGUUGGCAGAGAACCAGACAGACAUGGAGCAAUCGAAGUCUGCGGCGGGGCGGAAGAAGAGCUUCACGGAUCCUGGAUGGGGAAUGCAUAAGCCUCGCAUUUUACUGGUUGAGGAUGAUAAGACCUGUGCGCGCGUGGGGUCCAAGUUCUUGCAAAGCUUUCAAUGCGGUGUGGAUGUAGCUCGACACGGACUCGAAGCCGUUGACAAGAUGAAUGCCGCACCAAACUCUUUCGAUCUUAUUCUUAUGGACAUCAUUAUGCCGCACUUGGAUGGUAUAUCCGCAACCGUGUGCAUCCGCGAGGUCGCACCUAGGAUACCUAUCAUUGCUAUGACUUCUAACAUAAGGGCUGACGACAUUGAUAUGUACUUUAGAUAUGGCAUGAACGAUGUGUUACCGAAGCCUUUUACCAAGGAAGGCAUGUUUCGAAGUCUUGAAAAGCAUCUCAUGCAGUUCAAGAAAGACUACGCCCACCCCGCUCAACCCCAACCAGCAGUUUACCCUGCAUACCAGCCAGUAAUGGCAAACGCUCAACAACCGAUAAACAUGAACAUCUCCAACAUCGCAGCGGCCCAGCCUAUCAAAGACGAGAAUUCGCCAGGCAAAUCUCCAGGGCCUUGGCCCUCACCGAACCAAAUGCCAGGGCAAUCCCCCAACUCAGCCGCCCAGGCAAACUUUGCGCAGAUGCAAAACAACGCAGCAUACGCGAUAACACCAACCCACCCCGCAUACCAACAAGCGCAGGCACAGGCACAGGCCCAAGCACAGGCCCAAGCGCAAGCACAAGCAGCACAGGCGGCGGCAAUGCCCGCGCCAAACCAAGUAGGGAACCGCAGGCAGCUGGCCGACAUGCCCGACAUGGCAACCCAGAGCGAGCACCCGGAUAAUAAGAGGCAGAGGAUGUACCCAGCGCAACCCAGCGGGUUCCUCCAGUGAGGCAGCGAUUUAUGUAUCGACGCGGUUAAUAUGAUAUAUAGAAACUUCAACAAACGGAAAGUAGGGACAUAGGAGGUAAAGGGAGGCAGGCUUAUACAUUUAGAGGAGCGAGGCGUAGACGGAGGGUGGACGAUACCUGACAUAGGCGAGGAAACGAGAUAGGGAUUCUCAUGGUGGGAACCUGGUUCACACGCUUGCCCACAGCAUGGGCGCGGUGGAGUGGCUUUGGGGGUCAUUGCUGAUUUUGGCAAUGAAUAUUUUUGGAGAGAUUGUACGCUUCCUGCUGCUACGGCACUUGCGGUUUGGCCGUAUAGCAUGAGCAUGGUAGCAAUGUCUGUGAAAAAGUUUACGUAGGGACAUUUAUCUAUCGAGUAUCUGAGAUCAAUGGACAUUUUCACAGUAUUCUUCACAGUAUUCAUUGGGGGUCACCUCAGUUCUUGGCGUUUC